UUAUGUACAGCCUGGAUCAGUUCAGCAGGAGCGGCGGUGGCCCGGGUGGGGAGAGAAACUUCAGCCAGGCAGCAGCCCUGGCUAUGUCGGCUCACUACAAAAGCCCAACUUUCCCCGGGGCCAGUGGCAGCGCAAUGGACGAGCAGACCCUGGGUCCCCUGGAGCCCCCCAUGCUGGGCCUGGGGAUGAACCCGGCCUUGGGCGGGGAAGCGUACUCCUUCCACCCCCGAGGGGGCCACUCGGAGCUGCACCAGGCUCCGGCAGCAGCAGCAGCGGCGGCGGCGGGGAGCGCGGCGGCGCCUCCUCCUGGUGGCCCGCAGCAGCCGCAGGCUCCGCCGCCGCCUCCUCCGGCAGCGGCAGCGCCCCCGCCCCAGCCCCAGGCCGCUCACGGCUACUUCCCCGGCGGCCCCCACCCGCACGGGCACCCCCACUUCAGCGGCAGCUUCUGCGGCACCGAGCCCGGCCAUUCGUGCCUGCACGGGGGGCGCCUGCUGGGCACCGCCGCCGCCUACAGCGGCAACCCCCUGGCCGGGCAGCCGCACGCCUUCGGCGACACCUAUGACCCACUGGGGGAGAACCAGGCUGGAGGGGGGGCAGCUGCUGCUGCUGCAGGAGGGGGGCCAGGCGAAGGCUUUGCACAGCAGGCACCACAGGUGGGGAGGUCAGGUAACCUCUCAGACUACCACCAGCACCAUACCCCGUCCUCCAACCACACGCCCUGCCUCCCCCUGGACCAGUCCCCCAACCGAGCCGCCUCCUUCCACGGCCUGCCAGCCUCUUCCUCCUCCGAGGCGCAUGGACUGGAACAGAGGCGCCUGCAGAGCCAGCCAGCAGUGGACUCCAUGGAGUACAACUACCAGAAUGAGCCCUCCGCCAGGCCCUUCGACAUGCCUGUGUUCUCGCCCUCCGAGUCUGGUGCCCAGCUCCCUCACUACGGCCCGGGUAGGCACGUGCCCGGGGGCAGCUUUCCUGCCAACACCGCCAUGCCCAGGACCCCUGGUCUAGUGAGCUUGGGCAAGGUCCACCCUCAGCAGCAGCAGCAGCACGGGGUGUUCUACGAAAGGUUUGGGAAUGCUCGGAAGAUGCCAGUGGGCAUGGAGUCCAGCGUGGCUGCCAGGAAUCCUCUCAUGCAGCAGCAGGCGGGUUUGCUCGCGCGGCAGAACUCUUGUCCCCCAGCGAUACCCCGGCAGCAGCAAGCAGAGACAGGGCCUCCGACCUCCAGUCUCCAGGACAGCGGGGCAAUGAUGCCAAAUCAGCACGCUCCUUUUGAGUACCCCAUUCAAAGAUUAGAGAACAGGAAUAUGCACCCUUACACUGACCCUAUGUUCAACAUUCAGCAACAGCCCAAUCAGAGACUACAGCAUUUUGAUGCUCCGUAUCUCAAUGUGGCAAAGAGGCCAAGGUUUGACUUUCCAAAUAACCACAACGUGGACAAUUGUGCUACUUGGAGUAGCAACAGUAUGCACAACGCAAGUUUGGAAAACCAUUUAUCACCCUCAGCGUACCCUGGGCUUCCCAAUGAGUUUUCACCACCUGGUCCAGAGGGCUUCCCUCCAGGACCUCCUCUGCAGCAUCCAGGGACUGAUCAACAGUCCCUGCAGCAGCGGCAAAACAUGCUGAUGAUGUUCAAGCAGAUGGUAUCGAGGAACCAACGGCACAGGAUGAGGCAACCUGAACUUCAGCACCUCAGCCAUCACGCUGACGUCAACCAAAACAGCAUAGUGCACAGCGGGCAGGUGGCGAACAUGUCGCAGCCUGGCUUUGAGAGGGAAAGUGGUGGGAGGAUGCCCAGUUUCGAUCCUCAGAAUCCACAGAUGGGCCAGGAAAACGCCUGGUUCCCUGGCCACCACCCAUCGGGCGAGAUGCUUCAGAGAAGGAUGGGUGGAUCCGCUGUGCCCCCUGAAGGCAGCCCCCAUGAAUCUGUCCAGAUGAACUUACAGCAGAACGGUUCAGGCAUGCUGUUCAGGCCGGGUGGGAAUGGACUGGGGAUGCAAGAGCCAAUGAGAAUGCCGGGUGACGGACAUGUACAGGGUUUGCACUCACCUGGGAUGCAUUCCCAGUUUGGCAACAGUAUGGGCAAUGUCGCACAGAUGCAGUCACCCAGCGGGGGCAUGGGCCUUCCCAGCACGUCGACUGAUCGAAGAGCCGGACCUGAUUUCCAAGGUAACCCAAUGGGCGGACAACCAGGCUUUCCGUUCGGGGGGCCGAACCGACCCUCUAACCCACACAACAAUCCCCCUGGAGUACCCCCAUCGCCUGGUAACUACCCACCCCAGUCUGAAUACCAAGCCAACCAGCGGCCCUCCAUGAGCAAGAUAGGGUCCCUGUCGCUGGGCUCCUUCAGCAAACCCGGUUCGAAGGAUAACACCAUUUAUGGGCAGAGUUGCUUGGCUGCCCUGUCCACGGCUUGCCAGAACAUGAUUGCCAGUUUAGGCGCUCCAAACCUCAACGUCACCUUUAACAAAAAGAACCAGAAUGAAGGGAAACGGAAACUGAGUCAAACUGAGCAAGACAGCGUUGGGCCAAGCAGUGGGAGUGGUGGCGGGAAUGUUGGUGGACCCCCGACUGGCAGCACGGGCAAUGGGCCUGAAUAUUUUCAAGGCAGCGCUCAGCAGAAUAGUCAGAUGGGGGUCUCUGGUGGUGGGAGUGGCAAGCUGGGCACAUCUACAGUGCAGAAUAGCACCCAGGGGCCAAACCCGCCAUCCCAACCAGAGUGCAACCUGUCCCCAAACUAUGCCUUGGAGGCCAUCCCGAGUGAAGGCAAAGGACAGACUGGGCGAGGGAGAGGCCGGAGAAAACGGGAUAGCGGCCACGUCAGCCCGGGGAAUUUUUUUGACAAAUACUCGGCUGAAAAUGUGAAUCCUGGGGUCAGUCCAGGGCAGCAGGGUCAGUCGAGCCACGCUGGUGACCGAGGUGGGACCCCGCAGGAUAAAUCCCUCACCUCCCCAUCCUGGGCGAAAGGGAAUGACCUCCUGCUCCCUGACCAACCUGACCUCAUGUCCUCCCUGGAUAGUGGAAUUCAAAGUGUGACAAAAUCAGAUGGCAGCUCGCCUCAGGUUGACUUCUCGGACGACGUCAGCAACAACUAUGGCAAUGAAGACGAGGUGUCCUCGAGCUCUGACAACAACAUACCCAAGGCCACCCGGUUAGUGACCAGCUCCCCCAAGCUGCAGCGAGCUGACCACGGGCUGCUCAGUGCCCAGAAACCCUUGGGCCAUGGCAUGCUCAAUGCACACCCCAACAGCAACACUACCUCCAACACGGGGCCUGGCGCCGACAGCUUUGGGCUCGGCAGCACUGGCAGUGGGCACCCGGGUACGCCAGGCAUGGAGCAGGUUCGCACCCCAACCAGCACAUCGACCCAGGACGAGAUUCACCCACUGGAGAUCCUGCAAGCACAGAUUCAGCUGCAGCGGCAGCAGUUCAGCAUAUCUGAGGACCAGCCGCUCGCCAUGAAGAACAAAAAGGCCGAGUGCCCCGGCCAGAAUGGGGACACAGAACUGGCUGCUUGUAGCACGGACAAUAGUAAGGCUGCCAUCAGCACUAUAGACAUUGAAUCAUUGAUGGCAGAGCAUAACUCUACCUGGUACAUGCCCAAUGACAAGGCCAUGAUGGAUCCACAGGAUGAAGACAAGCAAAUGGCACCGUGGGAAAAAGCCAAGUCUGCAAGUACCAACAAAGAAGCCCACGAGCUUUCCCAGAACAAGGCUUCAUCAGUCCAGACUGGCAGCCAUUUGCAGUGUCUGUCGGUUCACUGCACAGACGACCUUACUGACUCUAAAGGCCGGAGCCCCAUGCAAACUUGGAGAUCUUUGCAUUCGGACAUCUCUAAUCGAUUUGGGACAUUCGUGGCUGCUUUGACCUGAACAGAGAUGAAUUUUCUUUUGUGUUUUUUUUUGUUGUUUUCUCCUCUCGGCUGCUGCAGUGCGACAGACAGACAGAACAUCAAAACAAGUAAAAGUUGUAGUCAAGAAAGCAUCCGGGCCUCUUGCUGGCACUUUGCCUCAGUACCUUCGACACUGGUGGCCUGGAAAGGGUUAAUUCCAAGCCUGCGCUUCCGGGUGUUUGCCACAGUGGCUUGCCCACUACCAGACCUGUUGGAUUACCUAAAAAAAAAUUACAGUGACCGGUUCUAAACUUUGUUGAACAGAUCAUUUGUUAUUGGGAUUGUACGACGCUCUCUUUACUGGAUUCCUUGCACUUAUAUCUGAUUUCUUCCCCGGCCCUCCCUCAGGCUCUGGGGACCAGCUUUCCAGGCAACAGCCCCACUGUCAAAAAGCACCAUACUGUUGGAAAUACUUUUGUUUUCAGACUUUGUUCACCAGGAAUCCAAAGGUCGCCAUGUGUAAACCUCAAUCCAAACUGGCACAAAUUGGGUUCUCACUUCGACUGAUAUCAGGCAAGGAACAGCAGAGAAGCAGGCUUAGGGGUGGGGAUUGCGGCUCAAGUUUGGAUAUUUUUCUUUGUCGCUGCAGUAAUUUGUUGAUAGCCUCAGCCACUAAUGGCUCCAUGUCGUGAGAUGCGGACGUAAACAUGGAGAAGUGGAAACUUGAGUUCCGAAGCUCGAUUCACAUCUCAUCAUUUCUGGACUCAAGAAGAAUGGACAAAUUGCUUGAUACAAUUUAUUCCACAGUCAUUAUCCAGCCCAUAGUGGACCGUGAUCAAUCUGUGUUCAUUAUGUUUGAAUUUCUGGGACAAAUAUGUAUUAAAAAAACACACACGCUCAAAACUUCACUAGUUUCCCAUAACCAUUGCAUCACUGUUGUUUAUAAAGCACAUUUCUUUCACUUGGACAAUGUUUAAAGUGUGUGAUGCGGCAGCAAGGCCUAUAAUGAGAACAUCAAAACAAUGUUUACAAGGUACAGCAGGAAUGAACAAUAAGGGUAGAAUUCACCCCAAGGUGCAGUCAGUUGUCCACAUCGUGUGCAAUUACAUUUGCACUUAAUCCCUCCACUGAGAAACAUCACAUCAUAUGGAAGGAUCUGGAGCAAAAGCAGGUCUAUAAACCACAGAUCAGACAUGAUCUUAUUAAGUGAUGGAUAGUGCUAAAUAGAAUAGUCGUGUUCAUUUGUUCCAACAGAUAUAUAGACUAAGAGGGUCAUUAAUAGUAAUUGCAGUAUUGGGAGUAGAGAAAGAGCUAUAACCCAUGCCAAAAAGUAAUUAAGGGAAAAGAUCCCACUUAUCCAUCUCCUCAGCUAUUUCCUCUCAGUUAGCGAGUGGUCUUUUUUUGUCGUGGUUCCAUCAUUAGGUUUUUUUUUUGUUCGCUGACCUCAUUGGAUACCUUCUCCACACCCAGCAAUCUACUACUCAAAAGAAUAUUGAGUGCUGGGUGAAAAUACCUGAGGAUAGCAGUGCCUGUUAUCACCCUAAUCCUCUUGCAUUUGUUGUGCAAGUGAAAACAUUGGGGGCAAAAAAAAGUGGAGAAAUCCAAAUCCAGGAAGACUUCUAGGGUGCCCAUCUGAGAGGGAGAUGGUCAACAUCUUUCCCUCUAUCACUCAAGUUCUUCUUCAAGCUUUUUGAAUUGGAAUCAUCUGACUAUUCCUUCACUGUCCCUGAGUCAAAUUCCUGGAACUGCCUGACAGCACUAUGGAUAUCCCUACACCCCAAACAUUGCAGUCGUUCAAGAAGGCAGCUCACCACCACCUUUUUCAAGGCAAUUAGGCAAGGGCGAUAAAUGCUAGCCAGUGACACCCAUGUGGCAUUGAAUGAAAUCUUUAAACUUCUCAUACAUGAAUAGGAGGACUCUAAUAUGAAUACACAAAAGCCCUAGUUAUAUGAUUGAACAUUGCAGCAACAUUGGGCAGGAUACCAUUAUGUAACAAUGUGCAUGUGGUUGUGUGCACAGGGCUCUGACUGAGAUGCAAGUCUGAGAAUGUUUUGGAGUUUAUGGGAACUACCAUUUUUUUUGUAAAUGAAGGUCCGAAGCCAGGGGCUUGAUUCUGUUCAUGAUUUGUCCGUCUCGGGCUGGUUGCAUCAUUGUGAAGGGGAACUAACCAUUGCUGAGUCAAAUGCCUGUCAGUCAUAAUUUUCCAUAGUGAUUCUGUCUCCAGUUAGAUAAGAGUGUAUUUUCAGUCAGAACCAGGAGCAAGGAAUUAUCUUAGUGUUGAAAGUACAAUAGGAACUGAUUCAGUGAGUGUACUGAUCCACACAGAUCAGACAGCUCCUAGGCUUGGUCAGUUUUGUUCUGCAUUAGUUGGGCUUAGCUAGGGGUCGCAGUGGGGAUCUUAAGUGGGUCUUUGUGCUCUUGAAGGUGAGAGCAGGGAAAGUCAGGCAGAGUUCCUGUUCCUGAUAAUGCACCAAUUCCCCACACCAGGAAUAUGUAUGUGCAUUGAGGUACAUACAAGUAUGCUAUUGUUGGAUGAGGGGACAAGGUCAAACUUGGCUGUGAUGUUCCCUUUUUUGAUUAAGUGCAUGUGCGAGGAAUGGUCACAAGAUCAAAGGUUCUCAAAGGUUGUUAGAUGGAACAGAGAAAGCUGGUAAAAUACUAAGCUGUCUGAUCCUCAUAGCACACUUCACUUGUUGUACAUUGUGUCUCACAAUGGAAACAUGGGCUGGGAACAGGAGGGAUGCUGGUAUGGGGGUGAGCAAUUGUGUUUUGAAGCGACCAUGCUCCAGUAAAACAUUGUCCCAAUUAUGCCCAGUAAAUGUAAGGUUCUAUUUUGUAUUCCCAGGGUUAUGGACCAGCAAUCCUUUCCAUUGCUAAACUGCAAUCAACAUGCAGAAGAAUAGUACCCAGAUAGUACUUUAAUCCAUUAGAUAAUUUGAGAGUUGCACUGUGGAUUAUUUUUCUUGCAGCCAGCACUAAACCCAUUCCAUUUCACUCCAUGGAAAUAGAUGAUGAGUUGAUUGAAGUGUGAGCAGAGCAAUUUUCAUUUGCCAUUUAUACCUGCUGAUGCCCCCUUCAGAACUUCAACCAUUAUUGUCAUGAUAGUUUAUCCACACAAGGUUUGGAAAAGAGAAGUUUUUGGCAGUUCAGAUUCAAUGAACUGAAGGGCCUCUUAAGUACUGUGCUAUGAAAACGGUUUGGUACCCCUGAACACAUUAAUAGACUGACUGGUUGGUUUGUAUGGGCUGAACAAUGUGAAUUAUGCAAGAGAUUACACAAAACAUAACUGGUGCUCAGAUUACAUAACACACGUUGACUUCAGCAAGCACGUUGCUCAAUUUCUGUGAAGCAUCCUCACCCAUCCCCUCAGUUUUCUAUCUGACCUCUAGUUUUUUUUUGCAGCUUAUACUUUUAGUUCACACUCCACCAGUUUGAAUCAUACAAUUAAAGUUCAAUCUUUGACACUUCCUUGAAGCAAUAUUGCCAUCCUUGAAGGAGGUGGCAAAUAGGGGGUGGGGGCAGUGGUUAAGUAGAAUGAUGUAAGUAAAUCAAUUCAACUUUUAAAAAUAACAAAAAAUAAAGACUAAAAAAUCCCAAGCCAUUUGUUGCCUUUAUUUCCAUCUUGUAUUUUGAACUGGGUGAAGCCACACAUACUUAAAACUAUACUGAAAACAAGAAAUGCUGGAAAUCACAGAGGGCCAGGUAGCAUCCAUGGAGAGAGAGUAAGCUAAUGUUUUGAGUCCAGCUGACUCUUGAGUACAGAUUCUGGCAUCCGCAGUAAUUUGCUCCUACAUUUAAACUCAUGUUUUCUCAAGUAGUUUCCACGCUUGGUUUUAAAUGAGUGAAGCUAUCAUUCCUGAAACAUCGAACAAACUUAAUGUUUCUAAGAGCGAGUUAGAGAGAAGGUGUUCAGUUUAAACAGCAAGGAGCACAGUUCCGGCUUUAUGCAAUGCUUCAGUCUUGCUGUUCUCAGGAAAAUCCAAUGAUCCUCAACCCUGUUUUGAAGUAUAUUUCAAUGAGCCUUUACAUUGAAGGCGACUUUACAGAAAGAACCUCACCUGCUUUAAAUCACUGACCUUAGGGAAUACUGACCACACAAGCAAUAAAUAAACCAUGCAUGCAGUGUUUCCUUUAUAGUGCUAUAUGGACAAAAUAGCUGUUGCAACAAUCUGCACUCAGUGCUACUAGGAAAAAAGUCAGCUAACUAUGGAGUGUCUAAACAGAAUCUAAAACAUUCUAAAUAGCUGCUUAAAAUCAAUGAGAAGACUUGAAUCUGGGGAGAAUUCUUUGUCUGCUAUGCCAUUAGUGAUACAGUUUACCCAGUGGAAGCAUUGCUAAUUACCAUUUUCAACCAAAUAAAAAAUAUUUUUCUAUAGAAAGUUAUUCCAAUUUCAGUAGGAACGUGGAAACAGAGGAAUCCCCUCCCACCUAAAUUGUGUUUAACAAAAUUGCCAAAAGGUAGGAGCAAGUUUCAGCAAUCCCUUCUGGUUGUUCCGUGGAGCUCAUUGUUCACUCUGCUUCCAAGUAGCCAACACAGGUAGUUACACACUGGUAAACAGUCGUAUUCUUAUAAGUUAACACUAGACAAAAUGAAAUAUAUAAUUAUUAAAUUGAUGCUAGUGCUCAUCUCAAAUAUUUGGAUUAUGUUUGCCCAACCAAAAUCCCUUUUUUUCCCAACUUUGGGCGCUUAAUCUUUGAGAAUGAAAUGUUACAGCCCCUGUGUUGCUGACGGCUUGUGGGAUCUGUUUACUGUGAAGGAGCUUUAGUCCACAGUGGAUUCUAUUUCCAAUGCCUGUCUUCCUUUCUUUUGUGGUUUUGGUGCAUAUAACGGCAACAAGCCAGUAUAGCUUAUCACAAAGUAAAUGGUGAUUUAUGCCAAGUGUUAUGUGUUGCCUGACAUACAAUCUGCUUGAAGCACAUGUUUCCUCACAGUGCUACUUACUCUGUUGAAUAAAGUUGAUCCCACACUUAACACCUUUUGGUGUAGUCCGAUUCUUAUAGACUAACAUGAUAAUAACUGUUAAAUUCCAAACCAUGUAACCCAUUCCACACAAUUUCCCCGCCUGUAGCAUUGUUUGAACUGUAAACUGUAUUGUAUAAUGUCAAGCUCAGAAUCUGCCUAGAAGUCAGUGUGCAGAGGUAAAGUUGUCCAACAAGUUUAAUGGUAUCUGGAUAUUUCACUACCUUUAGAAACAUUGUACUGGUACAUUGAAGUGUCUUGUAACAUGCUGUUGUUCCCACGGUAGAGUGUUGCAUAAUCUGUCAUAGACCUACAUCCCCAUCUGUCAUCCACUGGCAGACGUUUAUUAAUUAGUUUGCUUUAUGAAAGUAAAAUUUUGGAUUUUCUUUGGUAUUUUAAACAAUACUUCUUUUCAUCUCAAAUCCAAAUCCCUCUAUCCUCGCACCCAUUUUUAUUUCAGCUAUCUGCUUCAACUGCACCUGUACCUUCCAUUCUCUUACUCUUACAAAUAAUUGGCUCCAGCUCCCACUAAUCAGCCAUCAUUGAUUCACUGCUAUAUAAAGUUGCCUUGGCAAUCCACCCCAUUUGUAUUUCAAGAAAAUCUUUCACUCUCUCCCUUGCUCUGUGUGGCGUUCUCUCUCUCUGUAAGCUGUUUUUAGAAGUCCAUACUCUGAAGGAAAUUCAUGUUGCUGUAUUUUAUGUUCCAGGCCCUCUUUAACCAUUAAUUCUAAACUUACUUUAGAAACGUCACAAUUAUUACUUUGGUUUACAUGUUAAGCACUCAAGGUUCUUUAGAUUUGUUUCCAUUCAAGCUUAGCACCAUGAUUAUCCUGAGCUGCUUCAUAAUGGACUCUCAAUGGCUGCUGUUCUGUCCUGGGACUCAAAUAGUGAAUUAAGAGGUGAAAAAAUGGUUUCUUAUUUGUUGCAAAAUUCUUGCCUCCAUCGGUUUAAAGCCCUUCAUACUCUCUAACCUGUCUCAUGUGUUACCAGUUUAUACCAGCCAGUCCUGAAACCAGAAUCACUGUUCUAUCUAAGAUUAAAUUAUUGUAUGAGAAUUGGGGUUUGAUUCGUUUGCUAUUUUAUGAUUGUGGUCAAUUUAGGUUGUUCUUGAGAGUAGGGGUAAAAAAAAUAUGUAUUAGACAGACAUAGAAACAGGUCAGCCUGUACAUUGAAAGGUUACAGUGGCCCUCGCUAUUUCAUGGUGCCGACUGGUUAACAAACAGUUCCUUUAAGAUACUGGGGUGAGGUGGGUUGCAGCAUCACUAAUUCUGCUCUGGCUGCAGGUGAAGACAGUUGCACAUGCAACAAUAUGAACUGAUAGGUCCUUUCUGUGCGGUUUGACAAAAAACUGUUUUUGCCAUUUUGAAAUUUGAAGUUUCUCUUUGGCUCUGGAUCAUGCAAAGCUGGUUUGGUCUUUGUUGACUGACUGGAGCAGUUCCCACAGUUUUCAUUUUGCGUGUUUUGUUUCAUUCAGUGCAACAAGAUUUAUUUUUGGAAACAAAUUUUUAAAAAUACAAUCUGGACACUGUACUGUAGGUGCAUUUGCCUGUACUCAUGCCUAAUGUAUACAUAUGUUUUAAUGAGACUCAAGAAGAUGAAUAAACUAUAAUGCAAGUUAUAACUCAA